AGCAACAAGUCUUGGUCUUUCUUUCAAGAAAAACCAAGUCUUCGUCUUCCUCCCCACCCACCCCGGCUGGCCACUACAGCUCGCUGCCUUGAGGAAGGACCUGUGCCGGAUCCGCACCUCGCCGCCGCCAAUCCACCCGCCGGCCGCCGUUGCCCCGACCUCGAGUUUCAGUGGGAGCGGAGCAAUGGGUGGAGGGCUAGCAUCCUUUUGGGAAGAAAGGAACAUCCAGACUCUGGUGAUCCUCAGCUUCGCCCUGCAAGCCAUCCUCCUCUGCUGUGCAGGGAUCCGGCGCAGCCGCGAAGCCUCGGGUGUGCUCAGAAUCCUCCUCUGGCUGGCGUACCUGAUGGCCGACUACACCGCAAUCUACGCCCUUGGCCACAUGUCCAUCACCAUGAGCAGGAGCAGGACCCCUCCAGGUCCAGGCGACCACCACCAGAUGCGGAUGGUGCCAUUCUGGGCUCCCUUCCUGCUGCUCCACCUCGGCGGGCCGGACACCAUCACCGCCUACGCCUACCAGGACAACCAGCUCUGGCUGCGCCACCUGCUCACGCUCGCGGGCCAGGUGCUCGGCGCCAUCUAUGUCAUGUACCUCUUCGUCGCGCCCGGCAGGAACCCGGCCGGGACGCUGCUCGCCGCCGCCGCGUUGAUGUUCGCCACCGGCUGCCUCAAGUACGGGGAGAGGACGUGGGCGCUCAAGCGCGGCGGCAUCGACAGCAUCAAAAGCUCCCUCGAUGACAAUGGCAAGUCAUCGGCCACCGGUGGUCCUUACCAUGGGAGGGAGGGGGCAAAGAGGCUGGACACGGAGGAGGUCCUGCUGGGUGCACACCACAUGCUCAAUUUCUGCAAGGGCCUCCUGGCUGAUGGUCCAGUGAUGCAGAAGUCCGAGUACGAAGUCAUGCGGCAAGGCAUCCAGCUCAACGGCGGCAACUACGUGUUCCAGCUGGCCGCCAUGGAGCUCUCCCUCCUGUACGACAUACUCUACACCAAGGCGGCGGUGCUCCACACCUGGCACGGCUUGUGCAUCCGGAUCGUCGCGCCGCUCUCCGUGGUCGCCGCGUUCGUGCUGUUUCAGCUCAGCAGCAAGGAGGCCUACAGCAGGGCUGACGUCGCCGUCACCUACGUCCUGCUCGCCGGUGCCAUGGCAUUGGAGCUCGCGUCUUCUCUCAGGGCGGCGGGGUCUUCCUGGGCGUGCGCGUCCUACCAUGCCCGGGGAUGGCACUGGCUCUGCGGCACGGUGAUGCGCCUCCGCCGGAUGCUCAAGGUUGGAGCAAGGAGGAGUGCCUCCCUGGACUCGCUUGGGCAGUACAACCUGCUGGACCUCUGCACCGAUGCCAACAAGGACGGCCACCUGAGAGGCAAGAUCGCCAAGAUGAUUGGACUUAAGGACCGAUGGCAGAAGAUGCACUACUCGAGCACCGCCCCCGUCUCCGACGCCAUCAAGACUCUGGUGCUGACAGAGAUCAGGAAGAGGAAAAUAGAUGAUCUGAGGAAUGCACGGGGCAGGUGGAUCCUCAAGGAGAAAGAGAUGUACGAGGAUCUCACGCGGAUCGCCGACGACACCGAGCUGGACCGUAGCAUCAUGGUGUGGCACAUCGCCACCGAUCUCUACCUCUCCAUGUGCCCUGGCCCUGACCCUGACCCCGACAAGGAGGUCCGGGACAGCAUAAGGGUGCUCUCCAACCACAUGCUAUUCCUCAUGGUGGUGCAUCCCUACCUGUUGCCCGGAGUUGUUCGCACUGGCCGGUACAAGGAGAACUUGAAGUACUAUGAUAUGGUGUGGUGGGUCAAUUUGAAGGCCACCAAGGAAAGCACCAUGAAGCUGUCCAGACCGGGGAUCAUCAGCAAGAUAGCCGACAGGCAGCUCCCGGCUGAUUCGAGGCGCGAGUACAUUUACGGCAUCGGCGAGGAAGCUGCUGACGACGUCGGCGACAGGCCGGUCUAUGCCGACGGAUCCUGGCUCGCCGGGAUGCUACACGGGAACAGGUGGCACCUGUCCGCUGCUGACAUGCUGGAGGUCAUCGCCGGCGUGUGGGUGGAGAUGCUGUGCUACGCGAGCCACCACUGCGGCGAGGAGUCUCACGCCAAGAAGCUAAGCACCGGAGCAGAGUUCAUGAAUGCCGUCUGGCUUAUCAUAGGGCAUGCCACGGUGUACGACAGGUACGCACCGUCUGCCGAGGGCUUGACGGGGGGUUUAGGGCUCAGCAACCCUCCGCGCAAGCGGAAGAUCCCUGCCAGAUGGAUGCAGCAGCCGGAGGCGGACGUCGGACCCCGACCGCCUGGUGUACCACCCGGUGUUCACCCUGCAUACGCGCCCUUUUUUGACGUUGAAGCACACCAAACAUCAAGUGCACAAAGACACCACCAAUAGAACCAAUAUGUGAGUUGUGCUACUCCUAUUAGUAAUUUUAUUAAGAGAUGCAAGUGCUACAAGUUCAUAGAUCCCCCCACGCUCCUAUCCAAGUGAUUCAACAGCUGGGCUCUACUGCAUGUGGUAUUCCUCCUGAGGAGCUCUCGGCGCCAAAGCUUCUCCAGGCUUCAAGCGGAUGUUAUGGUACUUCUUCUCAGUAAAUCGUCACGCAAGAUCUUCUUCAGUGCCCUUUUAGUUUAUUAUUGUGUUAAAUGUGUAUUCGAAUUCUAUUUAAAUUCUGAACUUCUGUCGUGGAGUCAAUCUUAUGGAGUAUUUUCUGUUGGAAUGUGAGAUAACUCUGAAAA